UCAGUCGAGUAAGUCAUUAUUUCAUGAACAUAUUUUAUUAGGACUAUUCGUUAUUCUAACGAGCACAUAAAUUCCACAAAUAACGUGUCAAAAACAGCAAACAACAAGUUUUAAUUAAGGCAAAUAAAAAUAUUAGGUUGAUUUUACUCACCAAUAUAGAGAAAAAAGAUUUCAACCAAACAAACAAUGGCAACCGCAACUUUAGAGUGCGAAGUUUGUUACAAAGAAUACAACUUCGGCAACCGCAAGCCUCUUUGCCUGCAGUGCGGCCACUCGUUUUGCUUCUCCUGCGUAUCAAGUUUACCAGAUUGUUUUGGAACAAUAAACUGCCCCAAAUGCAAGAAGGGAACAUUGCAGCCUAUAGAUAAAAUGUUGGUUGUCCACUCAUUAAUUCCAUCUGAAAAUAAAGCUCGGCAACGUACCACCAGCCUACAGUCUCAGGCGCCGUGCCCACAUGAGGGGAAGGCGCUGGAUUACCUGUGCGUGGACUGCAUGGAACUCGUGUGCUUUACGUGCACCAGGAACAGGCACGCCACGCACAAAAUUAAAUUGAUAGAUGCCCUGCUUCACGAGGAUGAUAUUGUUGACUUGCAGGAAAAAAUAAGGAUUACGAUGGAAGGCAAACUUGAAACCUUGAAUUUUUUUGUCUCAGUAUCGGCUGAAAUUUUUUGUUUGAUGAAUGAAAUCCUGAACCUGAAGACUGAUUUGUACAGCUGGAAGGAUUCGUUGCUGGCCCAGAAAGCAUCAACAGAACAAGACCUCAAGGGAUUAAGCCUCGAGACGAUAAAAACAAUGGAUGAGAACGAGAGACAAAAGUGCAAAGAUUUGCUCAGUCGUCUAAAAUUGAAACGUCAAGAAAAUAGUAAGAUACAAGAAAUCAACGCGAGGUUGUAUGCAGUAAGCAAGAAGUGUACAUCCUUAGUGUUGCCAAAUUGUGAGCUCAUGCCGGAUGCUGAACCCUGGACAGUCACCAGCUACGAUGAAGGAGAGCGAGCUGUCGCCAGCCUGUUCAACAACAUCAAGCCCAGUCGCCUCGUGGUGCUGUCUACCCACACCCGCCCCAUCCCGGGGUUGGGGGAGCUGCUGUACCGCCUCUCCUACCACCACACCGGCGACAUCAGCCUGCUGCCCCUGGACUCCUUCUGGAAGCCUGCAGGAUGGUCGGAUGAAGAAAUGGGAGCCGUCAUCAGCGAGUCAGGGCGUUGGCUUGAUGCCGUCUACGGGUCGCCUGACCAAGUCCUCACCUACUUGAAAAUCCGACGUCGAGAACCAAGAGAUUUCAGCGUUCGACUUGCCAGUAAUGAAGACCUCGAGCGCUGCAUGGACUUGGCAAGCCCUAUCGCAAACGUUUGCUGCGUCCAAGGAGCCCCGAGUGACGUUGGCACAACCAUGCAGGGGCGUGGUUACACGGUCACCCGCUGGCACUUCCCUGGCCUCCGAAAUGGAUGCCCAAAUGGAAAGGAAGCCCAAGAGUAA